AUGCCCUCUCACGUAGCAGCUUCGCGCGAAAAAAGCGAGCGGUGUUUGCAUUCAACGCCUUCUUCAGAACGCAACACAAUGAGUGACAUUAAACAAUGCCUAGUUCGACUCAAACGCAUGGUUCCUUCAGUCCGGCGGCAACCCAAAGUCAAUAAACUGGAGCUACUCCAGCAUGUCAUUGACUACAUACAGGAUCUGGAAGUUACCCUGGAACAGCCCGAGUUGAUCCUUUCCUCCCUUCCCGUCUCUUCUUCUGGUUUCGUAAGUACCUGUUUGAAUACGUGUUUCACUUGA